CUUCCAGUCCCAGACCUCAAUGGCUGUGGGCGUUUCAAGGGAGAUGAGGCAGUAUCGAGAUGGCUGGCUAGACUCCUUUCGGAGUUUCAAAGAGUAGGCUAUACCGAAAACAACCUGCCUCAUUCGAGGAUUAUCCAGGCCAUUGACAUGUUGUCGGAGGGAGAGGCAGCCUCGUAUUUGGACAACAAUUUUCAGGCUCAGGCUGUCAUUGAGCGAGCCAGGGUCAACAUUUCCAUCCAAGCAGAUCGUCAGGCUCUGGAGACUGCCCUGAGAGACAGGUUCAUUACUCAGUUCUAA